UAAAUAGUCUCAGAUUUUCGGAUGAUUUUCGACAGACCCUUUCCUUUAUGAGAGUCUGAUGCGUUUGCAGAUCGCCUCGGCACUGAUAUGGAAAGAUGAACACAAAGAGUACUAUAGUGAUGUUUAUCAUCAUGGAAAUGACAUGUUAUAUACGCCAUCAUUGAGUACAACAUAAAGAUACACGUAGAAAUGCCACCACACACAGCCCAAACGUGUAAAUGAACCAAAGCGCAAUACAUGAAAGCCCAUCUCCCAGCGGAACCUGUUGAGAUAAUUGGCUCGUGCUUAUGACGAAGAAAUGACCAAUCCAGAUCCAAAUCCGCGCGUAAUUAGGAAAAAAAUAUGCUGUGUGCUUCAUGGAAUGGUUGAGGCUUCGUCCUAUGUUUGCGCAAAAUCAUUUUGUCCUGUAUUAUUCAAUGUUUUCUUAUUAACGACUUCGGUCUAAAAUAUUGGAACCCGACCCGGUGGCGCUUCAUUACAUAAACUUACGUUGCAACUCCACGUUCUGUAGAUUUAUAUCGGGUCUUGCUUACAUAUUGCGACUUAAAGAGUUAUAUUUAUUUUUUUCUUUCAUAUUUUUCUUUCGUUCGGUUAACAUGGAUUUUCGUCUGUACAAUCAAAACGCAAGUGGAAAUUGAAAACAUUUUUGAAUGGUUUCUGCAUUGGUGUAUAUCAUUCAUUGGCUUCAUAUAAUAGGCAGGGUUGUGAAAGCGUCGGAAAAGACUUUUAAGUGCCUAGGCCCUACAGUUCAGCUGAAUCUGUAAACACGGCUGAAAAGGAACUACUUUUAGUAAUCUAUAGGGCCUAUACCCGGGGACAAAAGGAAACUUCCUCGUAAAACUGCACACAUUAUUUAUAAAGGGGUUUAUAGAACAUCCUCCAAACGGAUGUGCACGACAUGUCGGACAGUGUUCUGUAAACAAUUCUAGGAAUAGCGAAACUUCAUUUAACCCUAUAUAUCCUGUGUAAAUGAUUGAGCGAAAUGAGUGUCCCCUUUUGAACCGAACAUAACGCAGCCCGGCAAUGGAUGCGGACGAAAGCCCAACAACUGGCCUUGUUAAUAUCUCAACAGAGAGUCCACUGUUUCAGUUUGAAGACUAUACUCAGCGAGUUCUUGUGGCCUCAUCGAUCCUCAUCAUAUCCAUCUUGGGGACUCUUGGCAACUCGCUUGUGAUUCUCGCCGUGUCCUCGUCCAGAAAGCUCCGUACGGACACCAACGUUUUCGUAGUGAACCUCAGUGUGGCGGACCUCCUGACUUCGCUGGUCAUUCCCUGGCAUGCUGUAGCUCUGCUCAGUAAAGACCACCUGCCAGUCCCUCACGUGGUGUGCGGCGUGGUUGCUGUGGUCAUUUUUACAGCUGUCGGCUCCAGCAUGUACACGCUGGCUUCCAUUGCUCUUAACCGCCUUCUGCUGAUCACACGACCGAACACCACCUACCUGAAGAUCUACACACCGAAGAAGAUUGCCGCAUGGUUGGCACUCACGUGGUUCGUCCCAUUUAUUGCGAUCAUUUCGCCAAUAAUCGGGGACUUGGGUAGCGUUGGGUACAACGGUCAGCUCCAUUUUUGCGGGCAAGACCGUUUACAUCGCAACCAACACAAGUACGACAUCAUAAUAGCCCUUGCGUUAUACCCUAUUCCACUCACCACCAUUACUGUCUGCUACCUAUUUAUCUGGAAAUACUUGCGUCAACAUGAGAGGAGGAUGGCCGUUGCCCCAAGGGAAACUGAAGGGUCAUCUGACGAGAGCCGCGCUGUGGCGUCCAGAUCACUGGCCACCAUGGACAACCCUCCACCUGUCAGACCACGGCAAAGGAUCCGCCGACAGAAUGAGAUCACCAAGAACAUGUUCUACAUCGUCUGUGCUUUCAUGCUGUGCACAACCCCUUACGCCAUUUGUCUCUUCAUCACUGAAAGCGAUGCACUGAAGCCCUAUGCUGCUACUAUUGUUUUGAUGAACAGCUGCAUCAACCCGUUAAUAUACGCAACAAAACAUCGUGACUUUAAGAUCGUCUUCCGCUGCAUUUUACGUUGCAAGUGGGGCAACAUCCCAGAAUCUUCGGACUGUCUAAAGACUGUCGGUCAAUUACUGUGUGGAAGAGCUGGCUAGUUUGCCUAAAAUGUCUGCCUCA